AUGUCAGCAAACCAAACUCCGGCUGACCCAGCUACAGCCCAAGACACGCCGCUGCACAAUGAUACCAAGGCCAGAGAUAAGGCCUCACGGGUCAGGGACAGUCAGCGAGCCUCUCGCGCUCGCAAGCGUGAGCUUGUCGAAUCUCUCCGCGUCCGUAUUGCUGAAUUUGAGCGCCGAGGCGUCCAGGCGACCCUCGAGAUGCAACAGGCCGCCCGCGCCGUCGCGGAGGAGAACAUGCAGUUGCGGAACCUCCUUGCUCUGCGUGGCGUCGGUCAGGCUGAGAUUGACGCUUUUCUUCAGCGGGGCGAGGUGACCCACGCAGGGGAGCUUGUACCCAGAAAUUCUUGUGCCAUAGAGCCGCCGCUUGUUGGGCCAACAAACCCAAAUGCGCAUUCCCAAAAUGUUGCAGGGGGUCAGGCCGUGAUGGAUGCUUCUGUAGUGGGCGAGCAGAGACAAUCAGCCGGGCUGACUUCUACAGAUGCGGACUCCGCUACUCGGCCUCCACUCCACUCCAUGUUGGAAACACCCUGUGAUAAUGCAACUGUCAUCUUGGCGCAGGUUCGUGGGCAUGGAAGUGAAGUCUCGAUACGCAAAGCGUUGGGUUGCAUUGGUCCGGGGAGCUGCGUCGUGAGGAAUACGAAGUUACUGCAGCUGAUGGAGGAAGCUGGCUGA